UCAUUCCUCUAGUGCAGCACUUUUAAAGGGUCGCUGUGAAUUGGGCCCUUCUUGCAGAGUAGGCCUCCCUUAUUUUUCUUUAAUUUUCUUGUUCUUGGUGGCUUCUUUAUAAAAGAAUUAAUUCUCCUAGCCUCCGUCUGUGUGAAUUCAACUCAGUCCCAAUUCCCAAAGGAGGGAGGGUUGAAUCCUAACUUUGGCAAUGGAAGAUGAAGAGAGGGUUAAGUUCGUGAAGGAAUCGAAGAGAAAAAGAAAAUCAAUAAUGGGGUCGGCAGAAACUUCGGAAGCAAGCAAGAUCAUCAAUGGCUCGAUAGUUCUUGACAAGUUCAUGGACGCGGAAGUCCAGCAAGCGGCUUCAACUCUAUUAGCGAUGAGCAAGGAAGUAUUGGAUCCCAAAACCGCUAAUGGGUUGCGCAAGCGAGUAAUGAAGACCAAAUUAAAAUUAGAUAGGGGAAUUGGAGGGAAAUUGCCAAGGCUGCCGCCGGUUGCGAGAUUGAAUGGCGUUAUUGGAACUUGCAGUGAGCCUUUUGAGAAGCAGUUGACAGGUAGUGAUGUUAGUGAGUGCCAAUGUAGGUUAACGUUAUCCAAGGAGGAAGUACUGGAUUCGAUCUUGCCAUUGUUGAAUGAACAAGACGAAAACAUAGACUCUGGAAUUCCAGUUACUGUCUAUGAUUCUUCAGGGAAAGAUUACCGGAUGGCGUUUCAGUCUUGGAGCAAGAGAAAGCUUUACGUGCUCAAGUCGGGGUGGACAAAGUUUUGUCAAGACCAUAAGUUGCGAGCCCUUGAUUGGGUCACCAUUUGGAUGUUUCGACAUAUGCAUACUAGGAGCCCUUGUUUCGUUUUGUCUUUUAGACGCUAGAGCGGUUACUCGUAUAGAAUUAGACCAAAAUUUCGCUUCAGAACGGAAGACCAUCACACACACAG